GCUACCGAUUAGAAGCGCGGCCAUUUGACGGCCGACGAUGUUGAAGUGUUGGCGGUUGUUAGCUCAUUGCUCAUCCGCGUUUGCCAUCAUUGUUUUACGACGUUGUUUGCACAAUUUUAAGUUUGAUGCACAUACACACAUAUAUAAAUACCUAUGUGCAUAAAUAUGUAGUCGUGAAUAAUGCCGCAGCAUUUGAGCGACAAAUGUGCACAUCAGCCGCCGAAAGUGGUCAAUCGUCUAUACAGCCGGCUGUCUGCUUGUUGUUCUCAGCUACUUGGCUACUCGCUGGCGGCUUGAAGCUUGCGGCCAGAGAAUCAGUAUACAACGAAGCGUUCGUAUAGCCUAACGUGCUUAUAUACCUAUUUUUACUCUGCGGUUAAGGAUUGUUUUUCAACAAUACCAAAACGAUUAAAGAUAUUAAAUAUAGUCGCAUAGUAUAAUACAAAAAUACAAAACAAAAAAAAACAACGCGUCACGUAUAUUACCUACACACAUACGCAGUUGGCUUAGUAAAUCUUUACCGCAUUGCCGACUAUGGUUCAACCACAACAAAAGCUGCCCAUCGUUCCCCAGCCAACAUACUUCGCUGUGGGUCCCCAGCCGCAUGAGGUCACUUGUCCCUAUUGUCAAGCGACGGCCAAAACGGUGAUGCUACGUCCAAUAAUGCGCUGCUUCAGUCGACGUCAUUACUGUGCCGAGUGCGGCGAAUAUUUGGGCACCUAUCGGAGACCGCAACUUUGAAAUGAUUUUUCUUGCCUCUGACUAUAAACGUAAAAAACCAUAAGUAUGUGUAUUUGUAUGAACGUCUUCAAUAUUUUGCUAUUUGUGUAUUAUUUUUUAUAAUUGACCCUUAAUUUUAUUGCAUUUAUAUGUACAUUUGUAUGUAUGUAUGUAUGUAUCUUACAUUUUACGUAAAUAAAGGAAAUGUAAACAAA